AUGGGUCACUUAACCUCUGCAUUACUGAGGGGUCUCUUUCUCCUUCUGGUGACCCACAGUGUGUUUGCCAUGGUGCUGUUUAAUGCCACAGAUCUUGGCAUUCUCUUGGAGAAGUACCUGGAUGAUGAUGGAGACUGGAUGGUGGAGAGACAGCGAAGCAAGAGGGCCAUCACUGCCAGUGACAUGCAAGCAAUUCUGGACCUCCACAACAAACUCAGGGGGAAGGUCUACCCACAGGCUUCAAAUAUGGAAUACAUGGUGUGGGACACUGAACUGGAGCGGAGCGCUCAGGAAUGGGCCGAGACCUGCCUGUGGGAACAUGGCCCGGCUGGUCUGCUGCCUCAGAUUGGUCAGAACCUGGGAGUGCACUGGGGAAGAUAUCGUCCACCUACGUCUCAUGUACAAGCCUGGUAUGAUGAGGUCAAAGACUACUCGUUCCCAUACCCCCAGGAAUGUAACCCUCACUGCCCUUUUACAUGCAGUGGUCCAGUCUGUACCCACUACACUCAGCUUGUUUGGGCAACUAGUAGUCGAAUUGGCUGUGCGAUCAAUGUGUGCUACAACAUGAAUGUGUGGGGCCAGAUCUGGGCGAAAGCUGUUUAUCUUGUGUGCAACUACUCACCAAAAGGUAACUGGUGGGGAUAUGCCCCAUAUAAGCACGGCACCCCUUGCUCCGCCUGUCCACCAAGCUAUGGAGGAAUGUGUAGAGAAAACCUCUGUUAUAAAGGUGACGGAUCAAAUAGACAAAGUCCACGCGAGGAAACAGACGAAAGAAAUUCUAUAGAACCAGAGGCCCCUCAUAGCCCUGGGCCCCGUUUACAGGCCCCAAGUCCAACCAGACGCCCAAACGCAGUUGUGAGCAAAGAGCAGAUGUCCCAGAUUGUGACAUGUGACACAAAGCUAAGAGACCAGUGUAAAGGCACCACAUGCAAUAGGUACGAGUGUCCUGCUGGUUGUUUAGGCAGUAUGGCAAAAGUGGUUGGAACAGUGUAUUAUGACAUGCAAUCCAGUAUUUGCCGGGCAGGCAUUCAUUACGGUGUCAUUGACAAUGAUGGAGGCUGGAUGGAUGUCACAAGACAAGGCAGAAAGGACUUCUUCAUCAAAUCAUACAAAAAUGGGCUUCAGUCCCUUGGGAAAUACCAGAGUGCCAAUGCCUUCACAGUAUCCAAAGUGACAGUAAAAGUUAUCACAUGUGAGACUACUGUUUCUGCGCUGUGCCCUUACCAAAAGCCUACAAGACAUUGUCCAAGGAUUUACUGUCCUCGAAACUGCCUGCAAGAAAACCCCCACCUUUCGCGAGUCAUCGGCACCAAAAUUUAUUCAGAUAAAUCUAGUAUAUGCAGAUCUGCAAUUCACGCCGGCGUUUUAAGCAACGAAUCAGGUGGUUAUGUUGACGUGAUGCCCACAGACAACAGGAAUCUGUACAUUUCUUCACACCAGAAUGGCAUUGUCUCAGAAAGCCUGCAGAACCCCGCGGGAGGCAAGGCAUUCAGAGUAUUCGCCGUUAUUUGAGCGUGUGCUGAAAUCGCGGUCACUCAUCAACUCGUUCUGUUGAUUAGGCUGUAAUAGUGGCCAUUGUGAGGCCUUUUCUGCGCUAACCAGCCUAUACUGUAUUUUCUUUCACACGAAUGUUGACUGAACUAAGUAUUUGCUAUAUAGAUGGAGACCCUUUCCAAUGCAUCUAGCUGAUUAGCCAUUGUAUUGCCUAAAAAGCAUGUAAUUAGAGGAUCAUUCAGGGAAUAUCGUGUCUGUAUUGCAGAGAAAAAAGCACUUAAGGAGUUUUAAUCUUUCGUUAUUGUCGUAAAGAACAUUUUAGAGACUGUUACGGCUUUUUAGUUUCAUUACAUGUUGAGGAAGUUCUCACUCAUUUUAGAUUUAUUUUCUUUUAUUUAUUUUUUAUGUAUUUUUUUUGCUUUAGGGCAAGAAAGGACUGCUGAUAAGGUUUUGAGAGGGUUUUUUUGCAGAUUAUUUUGAUGAUAAUUAAGAAUGUGGGUAUAAUCCUGCAGGGCAGGAGAUUACAUCUAAAAACAUCCAACUAAACAUAAUAUGAAACGUCCACAUCGUUAAACACUUGUAAAUAGCUUGUCGUGAAUAACUUGUCUCUAGUAUUAAAGAGAUGGUUCACUCAAAAAUGAAAAUUCUGUCAUUAAUUACUCACCCUCUUGUCGUUCCAAACCUGUAGGAGCUUUGUUCAUCUUUGGAACACAAAUUAACAUAUUUUUGAUUAAAUCUAAGAGCUUUCUGACCCUGCAUAGACGGCAAUGCUUCUGACACGUUCAAGGCCCAGAAAGGUAGUAAGGACAUUGGACUUUAUUCAACAGUUUCUUCUUUUCUGUGUCAGUCAGCAUGCGUACCACGUCGUGUUCCUAAGAUGAACUAAGUUCUUACUGGUUUGGAACAAUAUUAACCCUUGUGCAUCAAUUUA